AUGGCGGUGGCUCCGGCCGUGUGCGGCUCGCAGGCCUCCCCUCCGGGAGCCGGGUCCCCGGCGGCGUCCACCCCCGCUCCGGCGUCCGGCCUGGGCCGCUGCCGCGUGGCGCUGCUGCUGGCCGUGGCGCUGGACGUGGCGGGCAUGGCGGCGCUGCUGACCGGAGUGUUCGCUCAGCUGCAGGUGCGCGGCCGCGACUUCGGAGACCUGCUCAUCUACUCGGGCGCCCUGCUCGUCUUCCUGAGCCUGCUCGGCUGGAUCCUCUGGUACACGGGCAACAUCGAGAUCUCGCGCCAGGAGCUCGAGCGCGACUACGGCCUGAGGCCCACGGCGCUCGCCCGCCUCGCUCGCAAGCUGUCCCGCCGCUGGUCGGCGCCCGCCGCCGCCGCGGGCUCCCGGCUCACCUCGGGGCCUCGCGGAGCGCGCGCGGCCGCUGCCCGCGCGCCCCAGCCGUCCCGCCGCGUGCGCCUGCAGCUCGCCACGCUCGAGGCCGCGCCCGGGCCGGCGGGAGCUGGCGGCGAGUGAGCCCCCAGAUGACCUCACCAGCAGGACCUGACUGAGAUGUACAGCCGCUGUUCCUUGCAUCAGCCAGCCACCAGGAUACCCAGCUGUCCAUUGCUCACUUGGAUAAAUGGCUUGGCCUUGGAGCACUAGUUGCCUGUCUGGGGGAGAACUUGCACUGGUGAGGGUGGGAGGGAUCAAGCUUCCUGCCAGGGCUGGGAGCACACCCAACAAGAAGGAUGUCCCUGCCCUUGGAUCCCUGGAGCCACUGAGGAGAGAGGAGCCUGAUUUCCCAGCGGCCCUAUACAGCAGAGGCCACGAUCUUUGAGCCCAGGCUUCCCUGUGAUGGUUUGGGUCCUCCCUGAAGUAGACAUAAAAAUACACUGGCAUUGCAAA